AUUCUUUCUUUGGGAUGAACCGCUUUGUCGUUCAGAGAGGGGCAGAAAAUGAAAUGCAAAGAAGAUGCAAAAGUGCAAGGGUGUAUUAAUUGACCGAUCAAUAUAAAUAAUUGACGGUCCCGAUCAACAAUCAGAGUAGCCGAAGAAGCCAAAGAUGAAAUUUAUAAUAUUACUUGCACUUGUGGCUGUUGCCCUCGCAGAUGUCGCCUAUCUUCCCCCUAGAACAGGCGGAUAUUCCGGCGGAGCCUACUCUGGAGGUAGCGGUAUAGGCGGAGGAAGUGGCUUUGCAGGAGGAGCGCCAAUACCCAUUCUCAGGUAUGUUAAUAAUAACCCUGGUGAUGGUACCUACAACUGGCUGUACGAAACUGGCAACGGAAUCAAUGCUGAUGAAUCUGGAGAUGCUCGAGGAGAUGGCACCAAAGCCCAAGGUCAGUUCUCCUACACAGCCCCAGAUGGCCAAAGAGUCAGCCUCCAAUAUACUGCUGAUGAGAAUGGAUUCAGGCCCGUAGGAAGUCACAUUCCCACUCCUCCUCCAAUCCCAGAGGCCAUCUUACGGUCGAUCGAGUACAACAGAGCCCAUCCUAAUGACGACGGGCAAUACAACCCAGGGGCAAACGAAGGAGGAUUUGGAGGUGGUUAUCGCUAUUAGAUGCCUACCAGGAAGGUGCCCAGUAAAAGAAAAUACGCUCCUAUAUACUAUUCUUUCUGUUUCUAAUUGCUGUUAUUUUUAAAUAGUUUAUUUUAUUUAUUGCAAUUUGUAAGCGCACGGUAACAAAUACCCAUCACCCUUCGUAAUAACAGUUAUUAUGAGAUAAA